ACAAGUAUGGGUUGCUCAGUUGCCAUUGUUUUAGGGCAGUUUAUGAGAGAAUCUCCAACAGUAUCCUAUUCCUCAUGCUGCUGUUGUAAUAUAGUAACCAUGUUCAAAAAUCAUAAUCUGAGGUAUACGAAGUGCUAUAUACUAUAUAGGUAUUCGUGGUGCUAUAUUUGGCACGAGUUUUGCCUAUGCGUACUUGGUAUUAACACCACUUGCUCAUUGCUCAUUACUCAUUGUUACUUGUGCAUUACUUGUCAUUUUCAUAUUACUCAUGGAUUAAAGAAAUAUUUGUUCUGGUUUACAGCCAAGAGUUGAUGUGGGACAGCAAGGCCGCGUGGUCAGAGAUACAAGUCUGAUCCAUCUCCAGUCUAAGUCGAGAGUUGAUGUGGGACAGCAAGGCCGCGUUGUCAGAGAUACAAGUCAGAUCCAUAGCCAGUCUAAGCCGAAAGUUGAUGUGGGGCAGCAAGGCCGCGUGGUCAGAGAUACAAGUCAGAUCCAUCUCCAGUCUAAGUCAAGAGUUGAUGUGGGCCAGCAAGGCCGCGUUGUCAGAGAUACAAGUCAGAUCCAUAGCCAGUCUAAGCCAACAUUUGAUUUUGGACAGUAGGCCCGCGCCCCUGCCCACACAGAUCUUUCGGCAAAAGCCGAGGAGGAGGAUGAAAAAGUUGGAUUGGCACACUUCCUGGGCAAGUCAGAAGCCCUGGAGGGGCUUGCUGAGCUGUAUGGAUUUAUUGAAGACUGAAAGAAUGGGGGGCUAUUAAUUUCUCAUUUACUACAUGUUCUGUUCAAUAUUUUCUGACUUUCUGUGGAGUGGAGUUCCUGUAAAAUGACUACUACUAGUGGAGGUUCGUUUGGACUUUUGAUUUGCUACUAUUUUGCUUUUCAUUUUCGUUUGAUUUUGCCAUUAGUUUUGUGCUAAGACCUUGAAUUUGAUGCAACAAGGGUCUAAGAUUUAAGCGGGAAUGAUAUAUUUUCCCUUUUCAUUUUCUUA